CUCUUAUAUAAAUUAGAUAUAGAUUUUAGAAAAUGUCUGAUACAAAUUUCAAGAAGGCAGUUCUCUAUAUGUGGAAGUCAGUCCAGACUGGCCACCAUGGUAAUAUCAAGCAGUUGUUGACACCUGAAUUCCCAGUAGACAGUCCUCUCACAGAUGGUUGCAUGACUGGAUUGCAUAUUGCUUGAUCAAGAGGAGAUAUAGAAUCUGCACAAAUAUUUUUAGAGGCAGGAGCCGACAUCGGGAAGGCAGACAAGCUGGGAAGGACUGCAUUGCAUUUUGCAGCAUCAAUCGGAACAAAUUUGGAGUUGAUAGAACUCCUCGUCGACUCUGGAGCUGAUGUUAACUCCCAAUCCUCAGGUGGAGAGACCCCAAUUAUGAAAGCAAUUUCCUUUGAUAAUGCUGAUGCAACAAAAACAUUGCUAGAGAAAGGAGCUGAUCCUGAAAUUGAGAAUAAAAUGGGCCGUAAUGCUAUCAGUUUUGCCAAGGCUUCCAGAAACAAGGACAUCUUAGCAGCCCUUGGAGUUGAUGAGAGUGGGGAUGUACUCAUGGGAUAAGAUAUUGAUAAUCUUUUCAACAAUGCUAA